AUGGCGCCGUCCGCUAUUUCGACGUCCCCUCCAAGGGACAAUGCCUUUUUCCAGACAACUGAGACCAAUGGCCACAGCGAACUCGACAGUUUUGCUGUUCAGUCCGGAGUGCCCCAGUUCCAAGGUUACGAUCACGUCACUUGGUGGGUUGGAAAUGCCAAGCAAGCGGCAGCAUACUACAAUACCUUCUUUGGCUUCAAGACCGUUGCCUACAAGGGCCUGGAAACAGGCAGCAGAUACUUCACCUCCUAUGUUGUAGAAAAUGGCAAUGUCCGUUUCGUCUUCACAUCCCCCAUCCGCUCGCACAGACAUCUCCCAAAGGAUGAGCCGAUAUCAGCAGAAGAGUCUUUGCUCCUCGAGGAAAUGCACGCUCACCUCGAGAGACAUGGCGAUGCUGUCAAGGAUGUUGCUUUCGAGGUGGACGAUGUAGACGCAGUCUACAGCAGAGCACUUGCUGGCGAGGCUCGAUCCGUGCAGGAACCUACCAUGCACCACGAUAAGCAGCAUGGUUCAGUCCGGACGGCUGUCAUUUGCACAUAUGGCGACACAACACACACACUCAUCUCUCGGAAAUCAUAUACCGGACCAUUCUUGCCCGGAUUUCGCGCAGCUACACCUGCCCCGAGCUCCAUUGAAGCACCACCGACCAACCUUGCCCGCAUCGAUCACUGUGUCGGUAACCAGGACUGGAACGAGAUGGUCAAGGCUUGUGCCUUUUACGAGCAGUGCCUGCAAUUCCACAGAUUCUGGAGCGUCGACGACUCGCAAAUAUGCACCGAGUUUAGCGCGCUCAACUCGAUUGUCAUGAGCUCGCCAAACGGCGUGGUCAAGAUGCCCAUCAACGAGCCGGCCCCGGGCAAGAAGAAGUCGCAGAUUGAGGAGUUCGUCAUCUUCAACGCGGGCGCGGGCGUGCAGCACAUUGCCCUGCUGACGCACGACAUCUUGCACACGGUCGCGGCCAUGCGCGCCCGCGGCGUCGAGUUCAUCAAUGUGCCCCCUUCGUACUACACCACCAUGCGCGAGCGCCUCCGCACCGAGAAGCGCAACUGGGAGCUCAAGGAGGACCUGGACGCCAUUGAGCGCCUCAACAUCCUCAUUGACUAUGACGAGCAGGGCUACCUGCUCCAGCUCUUUACCAAGCCGCUCAUGGACCGCCCCACCGUCUUUAUUGAGAUUAUUCAGCGCAACUCGUUUGAAGGCUUUGGUGCUGGUAACUUUAAGAGCUUAUUUGAGGCGAUUGAGAGAGAACAGGCUGAACGAGGUAACCUGUGA